AGUUUCUACUAUAAUUUUACGCGCUUUAAGAAAUGAACAUAAAAUUUGCAAAAAUUUUCCGGACUAUUUGUCAAGAUAAAUAAGUAUGACAAUAAUUAGAAAGUGAACAUAGAUGAUGUCAACUACCGAGUUAAUUAGUUGGACGAGUUGAACAUUUGUAAAUAAGAUGCAAUCCUUAUUAUAAUGGUUUUUUUCAGGGCGAUAUUGUAAAAUUUUUGUAUAAUUAGCCCUAAGUAUGGCCAAUAGAACUGCAACAGGAGAUUGCAAAAACAAUGAUAAUAUUCCCUUAUUAUAUGUAAUAACGUGUAAUACUAUUUUUGCUAUUGCCGUCGGCUCAGUUUUGACGUUGUUCAUCAUGAGAAGAAUAUCUAGAAAAAUUCAACUAAGACACGAAAGAGAAAGAAUAUGCUCUCUUAUGCAUCGUCUUUAUUGGCUGCACGAAGAAGAUAUUUCUACUUCUUUAUUUGUUUUGAAUAAGAUGAGAGAAAGCUACUUAUUUGACAGAGUUUCGGAAUUAUUGGUUUUUUCGCACAAAUAUAGAACUCAUGGAAUGGAAAUUGUUGCCGUAGAAUCUGAUCUAUCUUGUCUACCUCCUAAACGAAAUUUUAAUAAGUUAUUAUUAACCGUACGAAAAGUUGAACGACUUUUUGAGGCAUUGACGAUGGAAUUACCGUGCGGAAAUAAUGGGGUAGAUGGCUCAAUAUCAUCAGCCGUAGGAGGUACAAUUCUAAUGUUAGCAUUAGCGACAAGUACCCUUUGGUGCGAUUCGAGAGCUAAAAUGAUAAGGAGAUUAAUACAUUAUUUAUGUGGUAGAGGUGCUGCAAUUAGAUAUGAAAGAGAAACAAUAGGAGACAAAAAUUUAGCGGCUUGUGUUGAAACGCUUCAGUACGUUGAUUAUCUUACUUUAGUUGACGAUCAUUUUGUUUUGGGUGACGCCCAUAUAAGUCCAAUAUUAAAGGGUGACUUAAGGAAUAAGAUACGGUAUGUUGAUACCGUUUUGGCAAGCUGGACUGAACGACGGAAAGGAAUGGCUAAUAAGGAAAUGCUGGAAGCCUACUAUUCUGCUAGAGAUAUAUGUAUUAGGGAGAAUAUUAUAACGUCUAAGGCGAAUUUUCCCGAUAUUGUUGAAAAGGUGUCCGAUAAUUCAAAAACACCUGAAUGUAUUAAAGGGUUACGUCAUCUCUUAAGAAAAAUGACAACACCGCCUAAUAUUACAAAAUUGGAAAAUGACGAAAAAUUUUUUCAGCUAAUAAUGCAUACUCAUGACGCUUUGUAUACUUGGCAUGAUAAUCGUUCCAUGUUAGAUAUAAUCGAAAGAGUUCGCUCCAAUAUAUACGCUUGUCUGAAGGGCUUAAGCAUCGACGCCCUUCUAAUCGAUAAGGAGCUUAGUAAAGCAAAAUUGGAGCAAUUAGAGAGGGAACUAUACAAGCAUCUUAAUUAUUUAACUUUAAAACAAGUUCAAAGGGAACGCCGACACUAUCCGGCCGAUUCGACAACUCUUCCAACUGCUGAAAGCGAAUCUUCCAUUUAUACGAUAGCUCCGUCUGGUCCUCUUAAUUCAACAAAGCCUUGUAAUAAAUACGUUGAUGAAUCGAGUAUUAUCAGCAGUGGUUCAUUAUAUGCAACAGCCCAGAGUAUAACCUCUAGCGACCUACGUGUUCAAUCCAGCUGUGACGAUGAGACUGCCGUAUAG